AUGGAUGAUUUGGCUGCGCGGCGCCUGUUCUUGCAUGCCCUCCCGCCCGGCCUCCGCGAGGAGGGAGGAGGCGAGGUGGAGGUGAAGCUUCUGCCUCGCACAGGCCCCCGGCCUAGCCGCAGCCGCAGCCGCAGCAAAAGCGGCCGAAGCGGCCGCAGCAAAAGCAGCUCGAGCCCGGGCGUUGAGGUGCGGCUGGCACCGCGGCAGGGCCGACCCGCCACGGCUCAAGCCGCGCCCGCGGCCCGGCUGCUGCGGCGGGAGCUGAGGUGA